AUGGAGAAUGAAAUCACAAAGAUGGAAUAUAAUUAGCUUCAAAAAGAGGCUAAUUAAUGUAUGGAGAACAUUUUGUUUCUGGCAAUAGAUAAAAAGUAGUAACCCAAUGUAAAAUCGGAGGAAUAUUAGAGAUGCUAAAGAUUAGUAGCAGAAUUCAGAAAAUAAUUCAUUGAGCACAUGGCAAAGACUUUGAAUUUGGAUGAGAAGUCUGUUUAGCACAUAAAUUCUUAAAUGAACAGCAAAUAAAACUGA